UAUGUAAAUAUCUGUUUUAGGUACAGAUGAUGACCUAGUUGCGUCGUUAUCUUCAGUAUCAAAGCCUUUAAAAAGUAUUUUAAAAAAGAGAAAACCAGAAGAAUGCCCCGUUUCAUCGGAAAAAGGAGAUGUAGAUAAAGAUGAAAAAGAAGAAGUUUUUAUUGAAAAACCACUUUUGUUGGUGGAAGCAUAGCAGAGGCACUUCGAAAGAUAAAAGAAAUCAAGCCAACUAGUAAAAAAAAUAUGUCAAAUGUUGAGGAUUCAAAACUAAUAGAUGACAAUGAACCAAAACCUAGUGCCUUCAUACUUGAAAUGGAAAAAGAAAAAGAGAAAUUAGCUUUGUUACCGCAAGGUCUCCCAUCUUAUCCUACUACUACAAACAUGCCUAACAUGGAUUGGGAAGGAAAAGAAACAAAAGUUGGAAUUGUGCAAAAUUCUAGUUUCGCAGCAUCUUAUACAAUAGCUAAACCUCCAGAAUUGAUUAAAACUGGCAAACAAGUUACAACCAAGGCUUCUCAAGAUAAUGAUGAAGAUAUAGAGAGUGUUGUGCUGAUGAGCAAUAUACCAUUCAAAGUGACAAUCUCGGAGCUAGUUCUUAUUCUAGGAAUUUGGCCUAAAGGAGGGUACAAUGGUGUAAAAAUUAUCAAAGACAGUAUUGGUAAUUCCCGUGGAUAUGCAUACGUCAUACUCGAUCGUAAAUCUGACUUGAUGGAUGUUCUGAGGAUGACAGGGCUUGAAAUGAAAGGCAGAAAACUUAAAGUAUCUAAGAGUUGUCGUGAAGAACUAAUUUCUGACUGGAUAAUUACAAAGAAGGCAAAUGCUAUGAUUAAUCACUCUAGGGUUAUCAAGGUCUCUAAUCUCGGUUUUCAUCUCAGAAAGUCUGAACUAUUGGAUGCAAUUCAGGAAGUUAAAUUCUCCAGUAAUGAUAUUUACUGGAAAGCACUAAAGUCUGGUCAGAGUAAUUCUGGCCGUGGAUAUGUUGUGCUUGAAUCAAGUGAUGAUGCAAAAUUGGUGUCUGGAAAGAGUUACCAAGUCCAAGGAAGAAAAAUUGAAGUCGCUCAAGUACACCCGGUGGAAAUGAAACGAUUCUUGGAACAAUGCAGUUUGAAAGUUGAAGAAUAUCAUAUUCUGAAUGAUUCGUUCGAUGAAAAGGAAUAUGAUAAUUCUGAUGAUUUACAGCUCAGUCCAGAAAAAGCAACAUCUGAAGUUGUACAAGAUAAGAAUGACAACUCAUUUGUUGUUGUAGAUGAGGUUGGUGAGAUUACAAAGCAGGUACCGGCAAAAAAGAGAAAAGUACAGCCUGAUGUUAAAGAAAAAGGGAGAAAUAUGCCUCAAUUACCGCAACCAACAAGGUACAGUAGAGAGCGUGAUCAUCAUGUUGGGGCACAAUCACCAAGGCAUAAUUUACCUCCAUUUCGACCCACUGUACAUGUACGCAUGUAUGAUGUACCAGAUAAAGCUACAACUGCGGAUGUCAAAAGUUUCUUUGAACCAAUACCACCUGCAAAGAUUGCACAAAAUAUUGGUUAUGACAUUUAUGACAUCGAGUUUUAUAAUCCUGGUGAUGCCAUGCAAGCAAUGAAGAAGCAUUUAUUACUUUUAAGAAAAAAUGUUAUCAAACUAGAGAUGCUUCCUGGACCACCACGUCCAUUACCUCCCCGCCAUGCUCCACCUCCACGAUUUCGACCAGGUGGCCAAAAUCCAAUGACAAUGCAUGUUGACAUGGUUCCUCUAGGAAUGAAACAGGGCCCACCUGGGAUUGGUUCCUUGUCUAUGCCUUCAAUGGAACAUGGACCAUUUCCUAUGGGUGUGGAUCCUAGAUCAAUGCCUCACCAUCCAGCUCCACCACAUGCUAUAUUUGGGCCUCCUGGCAUUCAUCCAGGCCCAAUUCUGCCUGUGAUGGGCCCUGGUCAAUUUGUGCCAAUGAUGGUAGACGUACCUAACAACGCUGUGAUUGAUCCAAAUCAGAUGCCGGAACCAAUGCCUAAAAAAGAAGUCGAAGACAAACACAAGAAGCUGUUGGGCACUGUUGCUGAAGGUGUGAUGCCAGAGCCUCAGAAAGAGUAUAUUCCGGUUCCCCCGCUGCCAGAAGACUUCUCCACAUAUGAGGUACCAGCGUUCAGGAAAGACACGCCAGUCGGACAAGGAGUUAUAACACAAAUGCAGGGAUUUUUUUGUCAACUCUGCAACAAGUUUUACAGCUCUAGUAAAAGUGCAAAAGUAGUUCACUGCAAGUCUAAGGGUCAUUAUGACAGAUUGAAACAAUAUUUGCAAGAGAAGAAAAGAUUAAGAAAACUGGCUGAAUCUGAAGUUAUUGGGACAUAAUUUUACCACAAGGAAGACGAUAUGUUAUCAAAUUUGAUCAUAUGAAUAAAAAACGCCAUUAUUUGUAUUGAUUAUAAAAUGCUUCUUCCAUUAAUAGUUAAUACCUCAUUCCCUGGUUAUCUCAUAAGUUGAUUCUGAGUAUUCUUGAAGUUUGCUAAGUCAUUGUGAUAUUUUCAAUCAUUGUCAAAUAGGGUAGAGUUUUGAGGACGGGGCGAUAAAACCUCUCACGUUUUUAAUCCCAGCAUGGAUGGAGGGCGUUUUUAGCCAAACCUAACAAUUGCUUGUAUGCCACUUUCAUCAACGUUGACGAGUAAUCAUACUUUUUAGGAUUUGAUCCGUCGCGAAACAUCUUUGUUACUUAUCUCGAGUGUAUAAAAUUUGCAAACAUGCAAAUACGCGUUUUAGUCCACGGUGACAUGCAUAAAAAAUGAACAAUGUUGCAUGUUUGCAAUGUUAAAGCAAAAUAUUGCGUUCCCAAAUUCCUUUGUCAAUUAUCGGACUAAAUUAAACCAGAUACCAGUAUUACUUGUUGUGUGCGAGAGGGUUGCUGGACACCUCGUUGCCGUUGGGUGGUUCACAUAACCGCUGGUCGGUUACGGCUUCCUCCACCAAUUCUAUGCUUCCGAAAACAUAACUAACUAAUCCCAUACCCGACAUGGAAUGGUAACCGAAGUCCGUGGUUCGUCAUAUGGUUAAGCCGUCUUAUCGGUUUUUCUCUCCCCAUGAUGAAUAUGUAAAUCCUAUCCUUCAAAAAUCUCCAGUAGCGCUGAGUACAGAAAGAGAGAUUUUGUUUCCACAAAACAAUGUUUUAAUAAGAACAAUAGUACAGAUUUUUAUAGAAAUGCAGUGCCGUGAAUAUUUAAACAUUGAAUCGUGUUGGUCAGUAUGCAAGACCUUCACAAGUCGGAAAGAUAUAUAAAAUAUUGUCGAAUUUUUUUGUUUCAAAUAAAUGACCCAGAUUUGUGUUUGGUAGCAGGAAACUCCAAUUUAUUUGAAUAGCGUUUAAUUUUUUUUUAGUUUUAAGUUUAUUUCGAGUACUGUCGCAUGAUAAUAGUACCAAAUUACAUGCAAAAUGUUAUGUAAAUAUGAUUACAAGCAUUCCUACGA